AUGGUGUCAGCUCCCUAUCGUGGCUUGCAACCCUCAGACGGCCCGGCGGAAUCAAAUAGCUCUCCCACGGUCUCAAUCAAGAAUACCAAACAACUAUCUGCGAGAGCAAGGACGCCGUGGCCGUUGGACACCCUUUGGUCUAGCUCUAGCAAGAGAGCAUCAUCUUCUAGGUCGCGCUCCCCUCCUUCUCACGCACUUGGAAGCUCGUACGACAGUUCUGGCGGUCUCGAUGCGGACCAACUCGUCGACUUUACCGAUCUGCCUCUGACGCCACCCGACUCAGGUGCUUCUGCUUUCGAAAUCAACGCUCCAAGUGACUCUGCAAAUCAAUCCACUCGCUUCCAUCCCAGUCCAGUCUUGAUGUCUGCCGCAGCAGCUCCUCCAGCGUUACUGCGCAAUGAUCUUGCCAAGUCACCGCAGACGGAGCGCAGCAAGAACGACAUCUUCAACUCUCCCAUCUCCUGGCUCACGCCUCCGUCUCGUCCCACGCCGUUACCGCCAGCGGAUGUACAGAUAUCUUCGCCGCCCCCAUCACGCAAUUCGCUCUUUUUUUCGUCCUUUGGAUCCAGCUCGCCCAUACCUCCGUCACCACCGCCGCUUCGAUCCCCUCCGACGCGGUCUCUGGCAGGCGCAAGCACACAAGCCAUCUCAGCUCGAGUCUCUCCGUCGGCUGCAUCUGCAGACGCAUCUGCGGCAGCGUCCGCACACUCGAAAACGCAGCAAAAAUCGUGGCGCAACAAGGGGCAUUCGCGCAACUCGUCUCUCGGUCGUGCUAGCUCGGAAGAAUGUUUGGAGGAGGAAGCCAGGAUCAGAGCAACAAAGCGUGUCGACUUUCGUCUCUGCCCCACCAACGACUUUCUCCUUGGAGAAGGUCGGCACUGCUCCGUAUACCUAGGCAGCUAUCGUCCCCGUCCAGAAGCGCUUGCCUCCAACACCAACGACACGACUACUGCCAGGGCAUGGCGGCUCUGUGCCGUAAAACGCCUCCAUGCCGAUCGGCAGAGCCAGCUUCUAGGUCUCGAAGAAGCCUUUGCGCUUCGUCGUUUAGGUACACAUCCCAACAUCAUUCAACUCAUCGACAUUCGCGACGAAGUCGAGUUCACAGCAUCACCUCGCCACACGCCUCAGCCACUGCCGGAAUUGCAACAGGCUUCUCGCUCGGCAAACAACGCCAUCGGCCUGGGCUUGCCCAAACCCGAGACACGUGCUCCAAGUGCUGCUCCUGCGUCAGGUGCAGGUGGCCACACCAGCCAUUCGCGAUCCACCAGCGAUAUGACGGGCAGAGACGAGAUUCACAUCGAGAGGCGAGCUUUAGCAUACGAGAGGCAACACGAAGCCGCUCGUACCGGCAGCAUCCUCCCCGAAGCAGAAUCCGCGGCUUUGUCCCUGCGACAGCCACGGUCUAGAAUGACGUCGGCCGAAUUGCCACAGUUGCGAAAUGUGCCGACUCCCACCUUCCUCGUCCAAGGCCCAGAUGACGAUGAUCUGAACAGCACAAGGAUUCGCGAGCAAACUGACAACCAUCAAAGCCUUGCACGAAAGCCUGCUAGCAACAGCAUGGAUCCCCCACGCCUUCUGAUGCUUCUCGAGUUGCUUCCCAACAACCUCGCGCUCUAUGCCAGAAAGCAUGGCCAACGCAUUGAUCUGCAACAGUGGUUCGACUGGGCUGUACAAAUGGCUGAGGCGGUCGUCUUUCUGCAUAGCAAAGGUUGCGUACAUGCCGACAUUAAGAAGGAAAACAUGCUCUUGACCGAGGAUCUCAACAUCAAGCUGUGCGACUUUAACUCUGCCGUCUUUCCCAAUCCGAGCGAUCCUCCGCAUGACGGUCUUGGGCUGGGCACGCCAGCAUACUGUGCUCCCGAGCUGAGUGGCGCCACUGGAGGUCCUGGUGCGACCAGCUUUUCCUAUCCGAUCGACAUUUUUUCGCUAGGCGCUGUGCUGUACUCGCUAGCAACGGCUCACGAGCCGUUCAGCAAGGCUCGUAGCGUCGUCGAGAUGCUACACCGCAAACGCCUUUUCUUUGAAAGCGAGGAGAACGAUCGAGCAUCUCGCUUGGCCGUUGAAGCGGGAAGCAAGUCGAACAGCCAAUCCGCCAGCCGCAGCGGUAGCCUACGCGGCCGACACACAAGGACGCCUUCGUUGUGCAACAACGACGUUGGUUCGGUCGGACCUGCCUCGCCGGGCCAGCUUGCAGUAUUACUGAACCGCUACGUGCAACAUGACUCGCACGCAACCCACAUGUGUCGCGAUGCGAGCAACGACAGCCUGGAAAGCGUCGCCUCGAGCAUCACCACCAUGUCGGGGCGCAACCCGACAUCGCUGGCGGUAGCGCGGCUGCUUGAACCCACGGAUGAACCGCGUGGGCUGCUUGUGGACCCUAACACGGCGUCUCGCUCUGGCUCACUGCUGCGCGAGCUGCGCGAGCUGCGCGAGCUGCGCGAGCUGCGCGAGCUGGGCGGAUGCGCCGAGGUACGCAGAACCGCUUCGACAGGUGGACGCAAGGCCAUGGCGGGCGGCAUUUCGAGCCUGCAAAGACCACGUGCGUCCAAUGAGCCGAGCGAAACGCUCGGACAUGCAAGCGACAGCAUCGCCUCGACACCAAGCGCAUGUGCACGUGCUUCGGCCAAGCCGAAGCCGGUUUCGAAAGUGACACUGCUCGAUCUCGCUUCUCGACCAGACUGGCUGCGGCGACGCUCGUCGUACGGCGAUGAGAUCAGAUCAAUCCAAUCCAGCUCUGCAUACAUCUUGUCUGGCGCGCCCAUUUCGGAACACACGGCGGAGCGCCAUGGCAGCACCGAUCAAGGCCUCUCCACUACGCCGACGCAGCCAGGUGCAAGCCAGCCAAGUCGGCUGCGAUCCAUGUUUUCUCCCACGUCGGCGCAGCUUGGCAGCACGAGCUCGACAGAAAAGCCAUGCACUUGCUUCGCGGUACACGCGCAUUCCACUUGGUCGUCACCUGAACCGGACACACACAUGCACGCAUACGACGAUGGAUAUCCGGCUAUCAUCCUCCCCGGAGGCGGUAGACUGCCUGACUCGACGCGCGAUCUGCUUCGUCUCAUGCUCCAGGCGGACCCUGCUGCCAGACCCACAGCCGAGCACGUCCGACAUCGUCUGCGCACACACAUGCAACUCUUGUGA